AUGUACGACUUGUCGGCACUGGACGGGUUCACGUACCGAACCCUCCUGGAGGUCACCGCUUCGGAAGAUGCUUGUGCGCUGUGGUGUCGUCGAGUUGGCCUCCUGGAGGGUUCAAUGGCGUGCCCUACCUGCGCAAAGUAUAUGAUGCUGUCGAAGACAAAGCACGGUUGGCGCUGGCGAUGCCAGAAGAAGCCCCACGCCGACCGCCCGGUCGAAAAGAGUAUCCGCGCUGGCUCGAUCUUUGCGAAGUCGAAGUUACCACUAACGACGCUCUUGCGUCUGUUAUACGCGUGUGCUUCGCACAAGCCAGCCAAGACUGUCAUGGAUGAGGAAGGAGUGUCGACGGACACCGCGUGCAAUUGGUACAACUAUUGCCGAGAUAUUUGCUCGGCUGAAAUGCUUGCAAGCGAAAUGAAGAUUGGUGGUGAAGGACAUGUCAUCGAAAUCGACGAGACGUCCUUGAAGAAGGCCGUGGUGAAGUUCACUCAGACCGACCGUACGAAACCAACGCUCUUAGCGUUGAUCAAGAAACACGUACGACUCGGAACUCUGAUUAUGUCGGACAAGUUCGGGUCGUACGUGUCAACGAACGAAGUCCAUACUCUUGCCAACAACAGAGACCUUCAAGACAUGAGCGAAGGCCUAUGGGAAAAUCAAAUCAAGCAACAUAUCAAGACCAUGCGAGGUAUGGUGUCAGAUCUGUUACCUUCGUUCUUGGACGAAUGUCUGUGGCGCAGCUGGUACUUUCCACCGGAUGCCUCGGGCACAACCUACUUCAAAGGGUUAGUCGUAGGAAUUAAGAAGAAGUACGGUCAUGCAGAGUUGUAA